GUUGGGUUGCUGGCUCACAAAAAAAUGUGUGACUGCGGCUGAACACCAGGAGGGGUGGAGAGUACUUCUCAGUCCCACAUCUCACCUUUGACUUCGCCCGCCUUAUACCGAUCAUUACUCAGCAUGGCUACUGACGAAAAGCAAGAUUCAACAGGACAAGAUCAAUCUCAAGGAGAACAUUCUUCUGUCAUCAUAUCAUUACACAUCAAAUCACUGGAGAGAACCACGCAUUCCGUCCGCUUACCUCGCAACUCCACUGUCCUGCAAUUAAAGGAACAUAUUCAAGCCGUUUCACAAGUAGACAGCCAACGACAGCGCCUCAUAUUUCAAGGGCGAGUUCUUAAAGACGACAAAAACUUGCUGGAUUAUGCCAAUCUAGAUGACGGAAAAGUUGUCCAUUUGGUUGUGCGCCCUACUGGCGCUCCUCAUAACCCAGACAAUGAUGACCCACAUAGCGCAAGAGAUCCUCAUCCACGGGGCCUCCCUAGGCCGCGCCACCCAUUUGGCGGCUCUAGGUUCCCGCCCAUGGAAGGGUAUGCUUUCAUUACGCUAGAUACUACUGUUGGUGAAAUGGCCGACCCUGGCUCGAUAUUUUUUAACCUUUUGAACGGGCUUUCUGCAAAUAAUAAUGGCCUCAACAACCCGGAUACCGAUUCCAACGCCAACAACAGUGCAGGCAAUACUGCUGCUGGUGAUAACAAUAAUACAUCUCGUGUAUGGCACCGCAUCUCCCGCCCUAUUCCUGGACCACCGCCUACAAACCCUCGCACCAACUCCAAUUUGCGUAAUCGAACCCAUUCGGAUGACUCAAUAGGAAGUGAGCAGAGCAGAACAAGCGCGGCGUCAUCCGGACCCGGGACUCCGUUUACUUCCAACAUUGAAUACAGGCUCUCUCGAACCAUGUCUUCCAUCGGAAACGUGCGCCAACUACUGGAUACUCCCGUCGAUGAAGAAAUUCGUCCAAAUCCAUCGGCAGCUUUCCCUAACCCUAGUUAUGUGGAAGAAAUUCGUAGACGAUUGCGGACCAGUGGAGAUUCGCCAACGGCUCAAGUUGGAGUAGUGGUGGAUGAGCUAGCUGAUCUUCUGGCCGACACCAUUCCAAGGCUACGAGAAUUGAGCCGAGGAUUGAGAAACGAGACAGACGACACGACUCGACAGGAACAGGAACGAUUGCAGUUAAUGGCGUUACGGUCGGCAAGAAUUACCCAGGGAUUAAGCUUAAUUAACCACUUUUUGGGUUCAGUUCUUGGCAGUGCGGAAUUAGAAGACCGGCCUCAGGAUUCUCAUGUACGCUUAUCUGGCCGAGGAGCAUUAGACUCUUGGCUAUCGUAUGUGCGCAGUGGAAAUAGUGGCAGUGCUGGAUUAUCUCAGCCAUCAUCACAAAACUCGGACACAAGCUCUCGCAAUCCGAUCACACCCCUUCGCGCUACAUCAUCCAUACAAAACAGUGCAGCAAGCAAUGAAACCAUUCGACGUGCCCUUCGAGCUGCCGGCAUUGAUGAGGCUUCCAUCCAAAGAUUACUGACACCACCGAGUGCAACGUCAGAUACACCCAGCGCACCACCCACGCCAAGCACCGACACUGAAAAUCGGAAACGAAAACAACGAGAAGACGAAGAAGCUACGACCGAACAAGGUGAAAGUAGCCAUGGCAGUAGCCGGAGUGACAACAAAAAGGUCAAACCUGAGGAAGAAGCUAGCAAAGGAAAGAAGAAGACGGACUGAAAACGAAUAAGAGGAACGGCAUAAAAAGAAAGCAGAAGGGACAACAGCUAAAAGAAAUAAUCUUGGUUUAUAGACAUCUUGGCCUCUUCUUAUUCAUUCAUACCUACGCAUAUACAUUUGGUUUUUUUCUUUUAACCAUCUCAUUGUAAUUCUUCCUCAUUAUCUCCUCCAAGGUCAUCUUUGACGGUCUUUUAUA